GUCAAAUUUCUUGGUGGGGGGGCGGGACUGAAUAACGGGAAAACUGAAAAAUACCCUCAGAUUCACUGUCAGCAGAUACGACACUUCUCGGCCUUUCAGGCUGCAAAGUAACUCACUUUAACACACGGAACCAGCGGAAAUGACAGGUGACAGUGACGUGGAGAUUGUUGACUCAGCUGACCAUAGUGCUGCAUCCCAAAACCAUAAUGCUCAGAGUGAAACAGGAGCACUGGUGGAAGUCACCUUUCAGAAAAACCCCUAUCAAAAACAGAAGUACUUGGAGGCGGAGCCCAAAGCUUUAGGGCUAACACAGAUUAUGCUGAGUUUCUUUGGCAUUAGUAUCCUAAUUACAGUUAUGCACAAUGAUGACACGGCCACCAUUCCAAAUAGUAUCACCUGUAGCCUCUCUUCACUUGGAAUAAUAGCUGGUAGCGUGGCAAUAGCUGCACAGACUCUUCACCUUCCUAAACUGAAGGCCUGUUUGGGAAUGCAGAUAGUGACAUGUGUAGGGUCAGUGGUCUGCUUCAUUAUCAGUUUGGGGCAAAUAUUCGACAGCCAUACGAUGUACUCCUGCUGGUACUAUCACGAUGAAAAUACAACUUCGCCGGAAACCAUGUGUGAAAAAUUGAGGGAGGCACACAUACAUGUGGAAGGACUAGAAAUGCUAUGUCAGGCAGCUCAGGUUGCCAUCUCUGCCACCUUAGCUGCAUUCUGCUGCAAAGUGAUUCAGUGCUGCUCACCCCAGACUAGCGUGCCCAUGAUUGUUGUGAACGCACCCACAGCUCCUCAGUGAAGGCUAUUCAUUUAACAAACCAUCUAGUUCAUAUAUUGAGUUCAUUUAAAUCUAACCCAUACAUAACUGCAAAUAUUUUGUUGAUUGUACACAUAUUCACUUUUAACAGUAGUGAAUGUUUAAAAUUAAACACUAAUUUAAUAUUAAAUGUAAUUUCUGGCUAGUAUUUAAUCAGAUAUUGUAACUCUAGCAUUUUUACUCAUGAAUAACAGCAGUUGUUAAAAAAAAUGUAUUUGUGUAUGUAUUAAGGUCAAUAUACAGCAGCCUGGGUUGUAGGCCAAUGUGGUUUAAUGGAGCCAAAAUUCACUAAUGUGAAAAAAUAUGCACUACAACAUUGUUUAGGGAAAAAAAACAAAAACACUUUGUAUUUCCAGUUAAACCUGAACCUAAGAGAAUUGGCUAUUUUGCUUAAAAUAGAAUAGAGCUUAAAAGGAGCUCCCUUCAGUUCUCCCUCCCUUCUCCCUUCUAAUCACAAUUAUACACACAAAUAAAUAUGUUGUGUUAACAAGUGAGUAUUAACAAGUGCCAUCAAAGGAUAUGAAUUAUAAUGUGCAACUAGUCUUUAUUGGAUCUUACAAGCCAAACAAAAACAGCUUCAUUACAGCCUAGAAGCUACUAGAACACUUUGAUCCAGAUAAAAUACAAAUAAAAUAUACUUGCAGAAUAUACAGACAAAACGCUUGUGGGGAUUUAGUGGCAUUUACUGACAUUCACUCACUCCUCUCUCAGAGUCAUGUCACUAAUUCACUGCUAGCCUUUUUGUCCAGCAAAAGUGUAUUCAUUUGGAAAUUGCUCAUCUGUGUGAAGAAUAGUGGGUAAAUUUUAAUAAUUGACAUAUUUCUGCAAUAAUUGUAAUGAGGUUUAUGGUUAUAUGUCACACUUUUUUUUUUUUUAAUUCAUUUCAUUACACUGACUUUUCUAUGA